CCAAAACCCUUCAAAAACCCUUCGCGAAAACCCCUACACAAGCAUUUCCGCCACACCCCAUGGCGGAGUACCAACAACACCUGCACCUCCUCCGCCACUACGAGCUACGCCUGCUCCGCUGUACAACAGCGACGCACCAACAACAGCCACCGCCGCCGCAAUCUCACGCCGCCACUCCUCUCCUCACUACCAUCAUCGACACUCUUGAUUUAAUCGAGGCUGGCCGUUAUGCCGAAGUCCUCUCCUCCGACGCCACAAGGAACGUCUUCAGGCUCAAAGACGAAUUCUUCUCUCAGUUUUCUGAUGAUUCCGUCGACUGCGCCAACCGGUUCUACUCCGAGCUGAUGAACCGGGUGGACUCGUUCUUGGUGGACGAGUCGGUAAAUGAGGUGGAGAGGGGUUUUAGAACUGUUCUGGUGAUGUGUGUUGCGGUUUCGGCGUUUCUUGGCUUCACUCAGUGUAAUCUGACUGGACCAUUGGAUGGAUUGCCUUUGAGUCCUUUACAUGCCAAUGCAUUCAAAGAGUGGGAGAAUUGGGCUAGAAUCCAGCUUAUGUCUUCUGGUUCUGACUUGUUUGGGAAAACCUAUAACCUCCAGUAUAUAGUAUUUGCAAAGAUGUUGCUAAUGAGGACAAAAGAUUUGUUAUUUGAAGGAAGUUUCACUUCCAUGAAUGGAGUUAGAAGCAUUUCGUGGUGGCUGGCUAGGGUCAUACUCUUUCAACAGAGAGUGUUGGAUGAGCGGUCGUCUUCUUUGUUUGAUUUAUUGCAAGUUUUCAUGGGUGAAACUUUUCAUCAUUUUGGCACUUUGGAAAAAGUGUCGAAUUAUUGGGGUGCUGAGUUACAUGAAGAAGAAUUAUCAUCUAUUGUCUCAAUGCUUCAUUUAGAAGCUGGAAUACUGGAAUAUACUUAUGGGCGAGUUGAUUCUUCCAGGCUGAAUUUUGAAUCAGCUGAAGUGGCAUCUGGGCUUCAGCUUUCUGUCACUGGAGUACUUGGCUUCCGGACUGUACAUCAAGUGGAACCAAAGGCACAACUGGUACUUGUUGCAAACACAAGCAUGUUAAACAGUGGGGAUACAUGCCCCUCAACAAGCCCUGAACUCCCAACUAAUGCUUCUAUAAUUGGUGAAAAUAAUUCACUUGUACAUCAAAAUGGAAAAGGUGAAGCUUCCGAUGUAUUGAUGACGCCAAGAUUAUUACAAAAUGACAACCCUGGAAUUGGAGCACAAGGCAUUCAAAAUGAUGGCACUGCUGCUGUUCCUCUAAAUGCGAUUCAACAGGGAGUGAUUCUAGCACAGUGCCUUCUAAUAGAGAAGAGCACUCGGCAUGAUGAAAUGCAAAGAUGGGAGAUGGCUCCAUUUAUAGAGGCAAUUGAUUCUCAGCAGUCAUUGAACUUUAUUAUUCGAUGUUGUUGUGACAUCUUACGUAUUCGAUGGGAGUCAACACGUGGUCGUACAAAGGAGCGUGCUUUGCUGAUGAUGGAUAAACUGGUAUCACAUGUCCAGGGUAUCUAUGCAUGUUCUCCCGGAGUGGCUCAAAGGAUUAAUUUUUGUUAUGGGGUCUAUCUCCCUACUGUUCAUGCGCUUCGAAAAGAAUAUGGUGAACUUUUAGUGAGCUGUGGUUUGAUAGGUGAGGCAAUCAAGAUUUUUGAGGACAUUGAGUUGUGGAAUAAUCUAAUAGACUGCUACUGCCUGUUGGGGAAAAAAGCAGCAGCUGUUGAACUCAUCAAGGCACGUCUGUCUGAAAUGCCAAGAGACCCAAGGUUAUGGUGUUCAUUGGGUGAUGUUACAAAUGAUGAUGCCUGCUAUGAGAAAGCUCUCGAGGUUUCAAACAAUAGGUCCGCUCGAGCUAAGCGAUCUCUUGCUCGUAGUGCAUACAACAGGGGUGACUAUGAGACAUCUAAAAUCCUUUGGGAGUCUGCAAUGGCCUUGAAUUCUUUGUAUCCAGAUGGCUGGUUUGCACUUGGUGCUGCUGCAUUGAAGGCUAGAGAUAUUGAAAAGGCACUGGAUGGGUUUACUCGUGCUGUUCAGCUUGAUCCUGAAAAUGGGGAGGCUUGGAAUAAUAUUGCUUGUUUGCAUAUGAUCAAGAAGAAGAGCAAAGAGUCUUUCAUUGCAUUUAAAGAAGCACUGAAGUUCAAACGGAACAGCUGGCAAUUGUGGGAGAAUUACAGUCAGGUUGCAGCUGAUGUAGGCAAUUUUGGUCAGGCACUGGAAGCUAUAUUGAUGGUUUUGGAUCUGACUAACAAUAAAAGAAUUGAUUCAGAAUUAUUAGAGAGGAUAACACUAGAAAUGGAAAAAAGAACUUCGACAAGGCAUCCUGUGUCCUCUGAGGCUGCAAAUGAUGACAAUUGCACUAAAAGUACUCAUCCCUCUGAUUCUAAUGUUAUCCAUGUUGGUGACUUAAUGUCUUCAGAAUCCGGGGUGGGAAUAUCAUGGGAAACUGAGAACUUAGUUGAGAUGCUUGGAAAGGUUCUACAAAAGAUAGUUCGAAGUGGUGGUAGAGCAGAUAUAUGGGGCUUAUAUGCAAGAUGGCACAAACUUAAAGGAGAUCUCACAAUGUGCUCUGAAGCCCUCUUGAAGCAAGUUAGAUCAUAUCAGGGAUCUGAUAUGUGGAAAGAUAGAGAUCGGUUUAAGAAGUUUGCACAUGCCUCCUUGGAACUUUGUAACGUGUACAUGGAAAUUUCUUCCUCUACUGGUAGUCAUCGAGAACUCCUUGCAGCUGAAAUGCACCUAAAGAACAUAGUUAAACAGGCUGAGAGCUUUUCAGACACAGAAGAGUUCAAGGAUGUUCAGGCCUGCCUUGUUGAAGUGAAGAUGAAACUUGAAUCCAAGUCAUUGCCUACUUAAAACCCCUACUUGGCAACUUCCUCUUAGAUGGUAUCCACUUUCUGGUGAUGAAGAGGCACUGAAAUUCAGACAACACAACAAUUGGGGUUAACACCAUUCAAAAGAAAGAUGAGCAUUUUUUGUUUCUUUGUAAACUCUUAUCUCAUAUCCAUACCUUUCACCCCUCACACCAGAUGAGUUGAGGCUUCUGAAAGAGAGUAAGGAUGGUAGUUACCAUCAUGACUCUAAAUUCUCUUUGUAGUUGAUGAACCCCUCGUCUUUGCCCACCUGUAACCCUAUUUUACAUAAGUUAAUGACAACUUUCUUUGUUGUAAAAAUGGAUUCAUGCAUGUCAAUGAAAAGAUCUUGUGAUUAGUUUGAUUGA